UAUAACUACUAAAAUAAAGUAAUUUACAUAGCAAUGAAAUAACAAGAAUUUAAAGUUUAUCUAAUAAUUUAGCAAUGAGAAAAGGUUUAUGUGAAGGAGAAGCAAAAAAAAUAGAAAGGAUAAUCAUAAUUAUAAAAUGCAAUUAUUGCAUAAACUAAAGCAAUUGUAAAUAAGGAAACAAAAGUAAAUGAUUUAGAAGAAUUUUAAGAAUCUGAAAUAAUAAGAAAAUUAGAAACUAAAAAAAGUAUAUAAAUUGCAGGAUCUCCUUGAAAAGUAAAAUUAAUUUAUAUAUUAAAGCCUAUUUUUUCUGAAGAAAGUGAUAACACACCUAUGGGUUCGGGAUAAAAUGGGAAAAAUAAAAUUUUUAUCAAAUUAGAAAAAUAAUAAAAGUAUCAAAGAAUAUUACUUAAUUUUAUAUAAAGAAAAAUAUGGAUCAGUAUAUAGAUAUUUAUAAGAUUAAUUUAGGAUUUACCAGUUAAUUUUGUAAAGAAUGCACAUAAUAUCUAAGGUGAUUAACAUGAAAGAUUGAAAGAUAUUUAUCAGUUAAAAGAAAAUCUCAUCAUGAAAUUUUACCACCAAUAACAUAAUUAUAUGAUGAUGAUAUGUAAGAAAAAGUAUGUUAUUUUAUUUAUAAUUUAAGCAAAUAAAAGGAAUUAGAAAAACUGAUGAAGAAAUUAAAAAAGAAAAAGCAUUAAAAAGUGCAUUUAUAAAUGAAAAGUUAUUUAGGAAUGAUUGAUAAAUAAAGUUAUUAUUCAAAUUAUUUUGAAUAACUUUCUUUUAACAAUUUAUUUAUACUUAUUCUUUAGAUUUUAUUAAGUGUUAUAUAUUAAAUAAUUUAAUAUAAUUUUUAUAAUUAUGUCAUCUAAUAUUAAUAAAAAUAUGAAUAAGAAUAAAGGUGUGAGUAAGGAUGUUUAAACACCAUAAUUUUUAGAAAAAAAAGCUUAAAAUCUUCCAUAAUAAAAUUUGAAUACAAAGAUUAAAUAACCAGAUUUGAAUAGAAAAUUAUUAGCAAUGCCUAUUGAUGCUAAAUAUAAAGCUGUGCUUGGACCAGAUACUGAUAGUUUAGUAACUUAUCUGAAACAUAAAAAAAAGAAAUAAAAAGCUAUAUAAAAAUUAAAAGAUUCAGGAAGAAUAUAAAUAUUAAAAGAGCCAAAGUAAUAGAUUGAUAAAUAAUUACCUGAAGGAAUUUAUGAAACGGAUGAAGGUAAAUUAAAAGAUGUUAAUGGAAAAAUUAUUACAUUAGAUCAAUAAAAAUAUUUAAAAAUUAAUUAAGAAAGGUAGAAGCGUGAAUAAGUUGAUAAGAUGUUAAAAAUUCAAAAUAAUUUAAAGGAUGCUUUAAAUGAUAAGGGAAGAUUCUUAGAUAAAAAUUUUACAUUACAAAGCAGUAAUGCAAGAAUAUAGAAAAGAAAAUUGUUAGCAUUUAAUUUUAUUGAGAAUAAUAAUAAAAAUUAAGAAUAAAUAUAAUAAGGUUCAAUUUAAAUAGAAACUUAGGGUGAUGAAAAAGUAGCUGAAAAAGAGACACAGAAUUUAACAAGUACUACCAAUUAAACAAAUUUUAAAAGAGUUUGUGUUAAAAUGAAACAUCAUGAUCCAAUACCAAAUAUAGAAUGGUGGGAUAUGCCAUUAUUUCCAGAAUAUCAAGCAAAUUAUAUUCCUAUAAAUAUAGAUAGUGAAUAAGAACAUAAAUAACCUGCAACAGCUCAUACUUAAGAAGAAAUUCAAAGAAAUAUAACAUUUUUAUAAUAAUUAUAAUAUACAGAUACAACUAUAUUAUUAGAAAAAAUAACAAAAUUACUUGAACAUCCUAAACCAUUUAUUAUAAGUGAAUUAGUAUAGAAUAGAGAGAAAGCAGCUCUACCUUCAUUUUUAACAAAAAAAGAAAGAAAGAAAAGAUUAAGGAAAAUACGUAUGGAUAUUUAGAAAGAAAAAUAAGAUAAAAUUAGAUUAGGUUUAUAAAAACCAUCUCCACCUAGAAUAACUUUAUAAAAUAUGAUGGCAAUAUUAGGAGCAGAAGCAUAAAUAGAUCCAAGUAAAGCUGAAUAAGAAGUAAGAAGAUAAAUUUAGGCUAGAUUAGAUAAACAUAUUAAAUAAAAUAAAGAAAGAGAAUUAACUAAAGAAUAAAGAGGAGAUAAAUUAAAAUAAAAAUGGUAAAAAGAUGCUUCAUAAGAAAUUAGAGUUGCUGUAUUUAGAAUAGAUGAUGAUCUAUCAUCUAAUAAUUUAGAAUCUAAAAAAUUAAAAUUUAAAGUAGAUAUGAAUGCAUAAUAAGUCAGUUUAUAAGGAGUAUGUUUAAUUGCAAAUUAAAAUGGAUAAUCAGUUGUACCUUCUAUUGUUGUAGCUGAAGGUGGACCUAAAGGAAUUAAAUUUUAUAAAAAAUUAUUAUUAAAUAGAAUUAAAUGGAAAUCUGAUGAUUAAAAAUAAGGUUGUACAUUAGUUUGGGAAGGAGUUGCUAAAUAGCAUGCAUUUAAUAAAUGGAGAACUAUUGAAAUUAAAAGUGAAGCUGAAGGAAAAAGAAUAUUAGCAGAAAAGGGAGUUGAACAAUUCUGGGAUUUAGCAAUGAAUAAUCAAAAUUGA